UUUUCAUUUCUUCCUCCUCCACUCUAUAAAAUCCUCCCGUCCCUUGUCUUCUCCUUCCAGGAGUAACCAGGCCAUCAAUAUAUCCAUCUCCCCUGUUUCAGUUCAUGGAAGAAGAACUGGAAGAAUGCAACAUGAGCCUUGCACUUGGAAUCAGCGGAUAUGGAUCGAAGAAAAGUACUAGUAAUCGCACUACCACUACGCUUCAGUUUGAUGCUCUGUUUCCGAAUCAUUCAAAAGAAGUGGAAAAUGUAGCGAUCGGAGGAAAAGAAACCAGCAAUUGCAGCAGCGAGGAGUUUCUCGGCCCCAAAAAAAAGCUUAAGCUGACAAAAGAGCAAGUCUUCCUGCUGGAGCAAAGCUACAGCGAACGCGACACGGUUAAUACGUCACAAAAGCAGGACUUGGCCGAUCGGCUAAGAAUUCAACCACGGCAAGUGGAGGUGUGGUUCCAGAACAGGAGAGCCAGGACGAAGACGAGGCAGAUGGAGUUUGACUACCAGUGCUUGAAAAGGUACUGCGAGAGGCUGUGCGAGGAGAACCGGCGGCUGAAGAAGGAGAUGAUGCAUCUGCUGAAGGUGGCGACAGUCACCGCCUCCAUGUGUCCUUCGUGCGAGAGGAGGGACGGCCUCGCUGCCGCCGCCGGAAAGAGCGCGGGGAAGUUGGCGUCGGAAAGAGCGCGGGGCAGUUGGCGCCGGUGAACGCCUUGCUUCUUAGCCGGCGAAAUUAACCGGUUACUAUAUGAAUAAGAGGGAGUGAGUUCUGUAUCGCUAAAUCGAAGGAAAGAUGGAACUUGUUUUUUAUUUUUCCUUUUGUUUUCCAUAAAAAAAUUGUCUUUAAUUGAAUAUAUGUGUUUUUAAAAUCACAUUUUCGAUCAAAAUGAUCAUAUUUAUUACGGGAUAAAA